CUGGGGGUCCCCUUGGCACCUCACAAAACGCAGGGCCCGUGCUCCUGCCUCACGUUCCUGGGGCUGGAGAUUGAUGCUCACAGGAUGGAAACAAGACUACCAGAGGACAAGAGAACGAAGUACACGGCAGCGGUCGAAGUCGCGCUGAGUCAGGAGCGCAUCCCUCUCCGAGACCUGCAGGCGAUCAUCGGGAAGUUGCAAUUCGCCACCGCGGUAAUCCCGGGAGGACGGGCCUUCUUGCGUCGUCUGCACCCGCUUACGCGAGGCCCACAGCGUCCCUCGCGCCUAUGCCAUUUGGACGCGGAGGCUAAGCACGAUCUCGUCGCCUGGCGCUCCUUCCUCACUGAUUUCAAUGGAGUAACAGUUUUUCCCCCAGAUGGCGGGUGGGGAAACGCCCCAUCACUUUCAAUGUGUGCAGAUGCUUCUUCCAAGGGGUAUGGACUAACGCUAGGGGCAGCCUGGUUCAGGGGAACGUGGCCUCAGGUCUGGGGUCGGCUCAACAUUGCUUUGCUCGAGCUCUACCCUUUCUUCAUGGGCAUAGCACUUUUCGCCCCGGUAUUGGCCAAUAAGAGGCUGGUGUGUAAAUCGGACAACAGUGCAGUGACGCUGCCGCCCUUGUUCCUGCGAGAAGCAGGCCUCGCCGAGACGCCGACAACAGUUCCUGCGCACCUCCUGCCCUGCAACUUCACCCUGCAACUGUGAGGACCCUAUUCAACUCCCUGCAGCCAGCUACGAGGCGUACUUACAGGGCUAAGUGGGUGGAGUACGCCGCCUACGUCUCGGCAGGGCGGCGAGGAGAAUGCCCCUUCGAUGCUGCACCUUCGACUCUGGGGAA